UACUUGUACACAUUAUAUUGUUGCUUUGGCAACGUUGUUGGAUUGUUUACGUCGAACGACUAGACAGCGAGCACAAAGCGGCACCCAGGAGCUCUGUUCGAAGGGUGGCCUCAGGUGACGGUGUGCUGCCUGUCUCCAUCCGUGUCUGCUGUUGUCAUCUUCAUCACCAUGGCAACGCGGAUUGAGCAGCUGGCCAGACCCAAGCCCAACCGCCUCCGCUUCCCGGACAGGCGGUCGGUGUACUGGGUGGACCACUUCCCUCCGGAGAGGAGCCACACCACCAGCUUUGAUCUGUCCCCGAGGUGGAGUAAAUUGGCGGAGUCCAAACCAAGUCAUCUGGGGUUCGAGCAUAGCAGUCGUUCUCCGGAGUGGCCCGUGAGCGUAGCGGCGACGAGAGCUCGGGCCUCAAGGAGGGUGUGCAGCCUGGCGUUGCCACGACAACCGGUGGAGGGGUGGCAGCCCGAUCGGCCCAUCAUGUACAGCUUAACUCGUGCUGUCCAGUCUGCUGUGCCUAGUCGGCGUGUGUGUGAGCUGUCUCAGCCCAAGCGUGUGAGUAGGUCGCCCUCUACUGACCACUGGCUGAAUAACCUGGCCACCGCCCAGCACAACACCGCAACCUCCAGGAUACAUCAACUAUCUGCUGCGAAGGUGGAGCAUCCAGACUAUCUUCUGGACCGGCCGGUCAGUUGGCCUCUCAGCUCCGCAGUCACUAAAGCCGUCGCUUCAGGACGAAUAGAGGAGUUGUCCCAGCCCAAAGUCCGUAAAGAUCUGUUUGAGGGCUACAACCCCUAUAUCGUCACCCAGGCAGCACGAAGCGCUACGGCCUCACCACGCGUCGAAGAACUCAGUGCACCACUGCCACGCAAAUGUAGAAAGAAAUAAAACACUAUACUCAGAUUGUAGUCUUUCCUGCCAUUGAAACCCACUAUAAAACACUGCUAUUGAACUACAAAAAUGUCCGCCGACUCCUACAUAAGAAAUAAAACACUGACUAUACUCA